UGACAAAUCAUACACCAACUUGACCAAAGUGGUUACUGAAAUCAGUUUUCCAGUUCUACCUUCGAUUCAGAAGAUUCUUAUCCCAUCAUGAUGAGUGGGUUCUUGAAGUUUGCCUUCGUGUUGGGCAUGUGUGCCGUCGCUGUGACUGCCAAGUCCGUACAGAUCAAAGACAUCGAGAGAGUGGAGAUGACUUCCGAGGAAAAGGAGUUCUUCUUGAAGAUGGUGUCGGUUGCGAAGAAGGCCAGCAUGUACGGUUUGAGCUCGGAUGCUAAUUUGUAUGAGCCAGCAAUCUCUGCCAACGGACAGUGUUCGGUGUCGGGAGAUGUCGGGACCUGCUCAGGAGCCAUUUCCGUUCCAAUAGACCUAGGGUUUUGGUCAUAUACUAUCGAUGUCAAUGCUGAGCUGAUUGUUGACUACAUCCCGGAGAACUACGGCGUUCACAUCAUCCUGAGAGUCAACGGGGACACCAUCGUCAACCAGGAGGUGUCGGCUGUGAAUCCGCCAUAUGUGUGCGUCGGUAUUGCGAAGUUCCUGACCUUAUGUCUGAAAAUUUCAGACAUCAACAUAAGUGGUAGCAACUUUCACGCAUGCUUCGGUAUUGUAGGUAGGGUCCUCUUUGUCGACGUUGCGAACUUGAACCUUGGAUGCAUCGACGUCUAAACAAAAUAAAAACAAUUAUUAUACUAAUAAUAACAUUAAUACAAAAUAAUAAUAAUAACCAGUGUUUUCCCUCACGACGGAUGACGUUUUAAUUAUCACUAGCUAUCGAAAAAAAUACGUACAGGCCUAUACUACACUCUGAAAACAGAUUGUCAACAUAUUUGUAUAAGCGUAAAAGCAGUGAA